GCGGCUUCCCCCGGCGCACCAUGUCCCGGCGCGACGGAGCGAGGAGCGGCGGCCUGAAGCGGCACCGGAGCCGCAGCGAGUCGUCGUCGUCGUCGUUGCCCCCCGUCGGCAGCCCCGCCGGCUCCAGCAGCCGAGGCCACGAGCGGAAGGAGCAGAAGAGGAAGAAGCGCGAAGUGCAGCACAUCCAGCAGAUCCAGCACCUGGAGUCCUUCUAUGAGAAACUUCCUCCAGGGUUUAUUAAGGAAGAUGAGACUAAACCGGAGGACUGCAUUCCUGACGUACCUGGCAAUGAAAAUGCCCGGGAAUUCCUUGCACACGCCCCAACAAAAGGACUUUGGAUGCCAUUGGGGAAGGAGGUCAAAGUUAUGCAAUGCUGGAGAUGUAAACGUUAUGGACACAGAACAGGAGACAAAGAAUGCCCAUUCUUCAUUAAAGGCAACCAGAAGCUCGAACAAUUCAGAGUGGCACACGAAGACCCCAUGUAUGAUAUUAUAAGGGAAAAUAAACGCCAUGAGAAGGAAAUGCGGAUACAACAGUUGAAGCAGCUGCUAGAGGAUUCCACUUCGGAUGAGGAAGGCAGUAGCAGUAGCAGCAGCAGCUCCAGCUCUUCAGGAUAUAAAGGAAAACACAAGAGAAAGAGAAAGAGGAAAGAAAAGAAGAAGAAAAAGAGAAAGCACAAAUCUUCUAAACCAAGCAAGAGGUCCAAACUGCAUUGAGGAGACUUGUGGCAAGCUUGCAAUUAUCUUGCGAAGCAUUCAGAGAACAAUUCUCUGCAAAGGGCGUGUUUUAGGUGCUCCUUAGUGUCAUUUUGUGAGUUGCCCCAUCGGGUCUCCCCCACUGUCCCUCCACAUUGCAUUUUUCUCAUCGUUCAGGUUUGACAAAGUUUGGUACUUUGAGAACAGAGGGCUGCACCUGAGAUAAAGAGCCUCU